CCACCGCUUAUACUUUAACUGAAUCCAUGUCAUCGACCUAGCUACAGGAGCACAGAGAAAGAAAAGCAGCAACAGCAAACACCACUCGUCCUAUGCCACUCAUCAAGACGCCUUCAAGCACGGGACUCCGCGGAGGCGCAUCCGCGAGCAAUUCGAACGCGCACGAUGAACACGAUCGACCGUUGUUCAGGACUUAUCGACCUGCCCCAUCGGCCCACUCGACACACCUACACGUCCGGCCCGACCCAGGCUCAUCUAUGCCCUUCGCCCCUGUCAACCGCGCCAAGUUCAGAAAAGACCAUAAAGCCGCCAACGAUAAUGCCGCCCUAGACGUCCUCCUCGCCACAGAGUUUCAGAGCGGGCGGGAUUUACAGAGGGAAUCCACGAGCUUGGGCUUGGGAGUGGCGGGAGAAGGGGGGAUCUUGCAAUCGGCGAAAGGACUGGGGCCGGUCGUACCCCCGCUCUCGGCUGGGAGGAAAUCGUUUGAUACGGGCUACACCGGGCCCGGGUUGGGGUUAGGGAGACAGAGUAGCGGAUCGGGGAAUAGGAGGUUGAGCCAUGAAGGUUCCCGAGCGCAGUUGGGGUUAGGGAGGAACUUUAGUGAGAAACUAUCUCUUGGAGGCGCAAAGGGUUCUUCGUCCGCGGAGAACGGAGGAGAAGGGCCGUUUAGAGCGACGAAAAGACGCCUGGGAUCCGCAAGAAGGAACCCACCAGGUUCGAGAUCGAACCCGAAAAACUAUGGAGCCAACUCGGAGGACGAACAAGAGGAACUGUCUUCACGUGCCCUAGGCGUGUAUAUCGACCAAGAAGGCCGGUUACACGAUAAAGAGUACGACCCGUUUGAGAAGGUGAGGAGUCUAAGCAGGCGGAAGGUGGAGAAACGCCGGGUGUUUGGGGCGGCGAGGGAGGAUGAGAGCGAGGUGGGAAGCGAGGGGAGUGGGAGUUUCGUCGGGUUGGGUGGGUUUGAGGGUGCGAGGGCCGGGAGGAUGUCUCAGUCGCAAACUCGAUCACAAGGGCAGAGCGAGAGGGGCCAGGAGCACGAGGAUGAGACCCAGGGGUACGGCUCGCCGAAUGUGAAUGCCGAUGGGAAUGAGAAUCCCGAGUCGAUGGGGACGAGGACGAGGUCGAAUACCCUUUGGAGCGAGUACGAUUCCGGUAUCUCGGCUACUUCUCCUCGGCCGGCUGGGGGCGAGUCGGAGUUUGGGGAUCCGCUUUCGCCCUUGCAUGCCAAGUUCAAGGAUGGGAUCAACGUCAAUGUUCAUGCGAAUGGGCCACUCUCGCCGACAUCGUCUCAUCCGUCUUCCAACCAGUACGGUCAGGGACAAGGACAGGGACAGAGGAACUCGUCCUCGGUGAAAACGUCGCAUACCUCCGCCCUGGCUAGGUUGGAAGAACGGCCGAGGAGCUUGUUGUUCCCGGCCACUCCGGCGCAGGUAGCGGCACAGAAGAUCAAGGAACGGAACGCCCCGCAACAUCAUCAUCAUCGGACCAGCAAGGUGUCCCAUCAUGAUACGCCUACACAUGCGCACACGAAUACGCAUAGGGUGAACGAUGUGGUCAUCGAGGAAGAACCCUUGAGACCGCCCAUAGCUCCGUUCAACCCGAUGUUUUCUAGCGAGAGACGAGGGAAAUCGCCGGCGAGCUCGAUCAAGUCGGGUGGAAAGGGCAAACGAAGAGAAUCGGGCGAGUCGUCGAGGAUGUACGUUGCUGGUGCGGGGGGGAGACGACCUUCGACGCAAUCACAACCGCACGCUUCUUCGUUCCCGCACCAUCUGCAAGCGGACGCUCAUGCCGGCAGGUCGGUCUCGGGCGUGCAACACGCUUCGUCCUCGGUCUUUAGUGGAGGGGAUAUGGGGUACUUGCCUUCCCGUUGGGCGAGGGGAGAGAGGGAGUUUAGAGCGGGAGAAGAGGAGUUGGAUAAGUAUAGGCCGAUGGAGUUUAGAGGUACGAGAGAGGAUCAGAAGGAGCCCGAGUGGACUCCCGGUUGUAUCGAUAACAUCAAGAGGAAUUGGCACGAGAUCUCGCUGGCGUUCCGGUUCAGUACGCACCGCGCCAAGAAAAAGGUCGAGAGAAAGGUCCGCAACAUGUAGAUUCCGGUGGUUGUAUAUAUUUUUUUCGAUUUGCCAUGCGAGUUACGACGACAACGUUAUGUCUGCGUGGAAAAUUAUCAUUGUCGUCA